AUGGCGACGCCUGACUUUGGUCGGCUACCCGAAUUCAGCGGCAGCUCCGGCUCCUGGAGAUCCUGGUAUGGGAGGCUACAGUUCUUCUUCGAGGCUAACGACAUUACGGACGCUUCCAAGAAACGUGCUCAUCUGCUAACGUUAUGCGGGGAACAGACUUACGACGUCGUCUGCGCCCUCGUUCAACCCAAGCAGCCCAACCAAGUGAGCUACGAUGACAUAGUCGAGAUGCUCAAGGCGCACUUUGAUCCACAGCCGUCGGAGGUCUUCUGCAGGGCACGCUUCCAACGUCGUGACCAACGGCAUGACGAAACGGUCAGUGAUUACGUAACAGCGCUCAAGAAGCUAGCAGCAGAUUGCAAUUUUGGAACAAGCGUAGACGCUGCGGCGAAUCCAACCAUGCUGCCUCUUGAUGUAAUGCUGCGUGAUCGUUUCGUUUGCGGUCUUCGGAACGAGCAGGUCCAGCAACGGCUGUUCGCAGAAAAGGACUUGACUUUCAAGAGAGCCUUUGACAUUGCACUGCGAGCUGAAAACGCCGUCGAAGACCAGAAAAACGUGAAAACGGAAUUCAAAGAGAUUCACGAAGCCUGCACAAGUAUCUGCAAGACAGAAAAUCAACGUCACUCGAGUGCCUCUGCCCAAAGGAAGAAACAACACUGUUGGCGUUGUGACGCGCAGCAUAGUCCGGACACUUGCAAGUUUCAGACAGCUUCCUGCAACUACUGCAAGAAACGCGGACACAUUGAAAAGGCCUGCCUGAAAAAGCGGAAAGAGGCAAGAACAAACAAGAACAACAACAUCGAAUAUCCCCGACAAGGAACUUCGACAGUGGCCUCAGCACCAGUCACGACUCCAAAGGAUUCACCAGACGCGGCACUUUACGAGCUCAACACCUUAAUCGACGCGUCCAGCGCGCAGAAGGUCAUGACUCAACUACGCAUACAUGGCAAGACCUUGGAGUUCGAAGUCGACUCGGGUGCAGCCUGCACACUCAUCAGUGAGGCCACGUUCAAAGCCACGUGGACAGAUGACCCACCACGGCUUCAGACGGACAACAUUCUCCUACGCACAUGGUUGGGCCAGUCCCUCCGAGUUCUCGGAUGUGCAACGGUGGAUGUAGCGCACAAGAACAGGAAUUUCACAUUACCGCUUGUUGUCAUCAAAGGAGCAGGUUGUAACCUCCUCGGACGAAACUGGUUUCCUCAUCUGGGUAUACAGAUCACGGGCAUCAAUGACGUAUCAGACGACAAACUUAUUUCGAAGCUUCUAGACAAGUACCAGUCUGUGUUCGACGAGGACAUCUCAGGACACGUCGGUCCUGCGGUACAACUUGAACUCGUGGAAGCAGCGAAACCAAAGUUCCUAAAAUCAUGA